AUGGACCGCACUCUGCUGCACGUCUGCUUGGCUGCAAUUGCAUGCGUGGUUCCUUUGUCAGCCGCCUCAUCUUCUCGUCCUUCUAUCUUUGCCAAUGGGAAUGAUUCUUUGCUUGACUUUGGCUCAAUGCCUCCGCGUUCUGCUAUGAGAGAGCUGCAGUCACGAGCGGACAAGCCUUUUUAUCUCCGAAUUGCACCUCUUGGGGCGUCGAUCACUAAUGGUUACCUAUCGACGGACGGCAAUGGGUACCGCAAACAUCUCAGAGAUGAGCUUCGACUUGAUGGAUGGCCGGUGAAUAUGGUUGGAAGUAUCAAUACGGGCACUAUGAACGACAAUAACAAUGAGGGUCAUCUAGGCUGGGUUAUUAGUCAAGUGACCGAUGCAGCCCUGCCAAAUAUUGUGCCAGACCAGCCAAAUCUUGUUCUUAUCAAUGUUGGCACGAACAAUGCUGCCCAGAACGUUGGUAUCUCAACCAUAGCCGACGAGUAUAUACAGCUCCUAGAUAAACUCUGGCUCGGAAUACCUGAUGCCACCGUUAUUCUAUCCACCUUACUUGUCAACAAGAAUGCCGACACGAAUGCGAGAGCCAAUAUAAUCAACGACGCGAUCCGAACAACAGUGAUGAGCCAUUAUUCUAGCAAGAAAAUCGUCUUAGCCGAUAUGAACGACGGUUUCAUCACUCUAGCAGACAUGAAUGACGACACGCAUCCUAAUGACUUCGGCUACAAAAAGAUGGCUUCUGUGUGGUGGGCAGCCUUCCAAACAGUCGAGCUCAACGGCUGGUUGACCGCUCCUCCAAAUGUGGGCAUCGCCGACAAUUCAACGACGUCAAGUGAGUAUACGUGUCCCAAAGUCUACGGUGACGGUGAUGGGAACUAUCAGAUCCAAAGAGGAAGCGGCACGGAUGACGGCAAUUAUGUUCAUGCGUCCGAGGACCAAGGCAACGUCUGGUCUUCUCCCUUCGGCGUUAGCCAGGCAGAAACAGACUUUGGCAAGAGUUUCUUCUUUGCACAGCUUGUCAAUGCUGGCGGCAACCCAAAUAGAGGAGGUGAGGUCGAUGAGAUUAUCUGGGCCCAUUUCACGGGUGGAGAAUGGGCGUGGUAUUUUUUCAUCAAUAAUAACAACAACAAUUUUGGGGAUAUGGCUGCUUUCGACCCAGGUUAUAACUGCACUCCGGAGGCAUCGCGGUUUGCUGAUCUUAACAGCAACGGUUUAGACGACUAUCUGUGUAUUGACACAUCAGGCAACCUCUUGGCAUCUCUCAAUACAGGAGGCAAUCCUCCUGUGUUCAAGCCUAUUGGUAUUAUCGGAAAUGCGCCGAGCUUCUGGGCUGAUGGCUACACCGUUGAUCUAGUCCACAUGGCUGACAUUGACGGUGAUGGACGCGCCGAUUGGUGUAUUCUCUUGAAAACUGGUGACAUUGCCUGCCAGAGAAAUGGCGGGCAAGGAGCUGCACCUGUUGCCGCUUAUGGAGGCUUCUGGCAGGCUUUUGACACUGCCGGGGGAGCGUGGACGACUGUCUUCCCAAGCCAGCACAGAGGCAACGCAGCAGGAGUCAACCUAGUUGAUAUCAACGGAGAUUUCAAAUCGGAUUGGCUUUUCAUGGACACAACGGGCAAAGUUGACACCUUUGUCAAUAAUCGCGGUACUGGAAAUGGUAUGAUACCUGACUGGCAAUAUGCAAAUGUAACACACGGCGGGCUGGCAUCGUUAGGUGUCACGGAUGCGAACGGCGUUGUGAAGUUCGGUCGUAUGUACGGGACUGGAAGGCGAGACUAUAUCUGGCUCCAGACAGUUCCUUCUAGUAUUACUGCUGACCGUAUUGUUUUACGUAUCUGGAAGAACAUCGGCGCAGGUGGGACGUAUCUAAAGGGAGACGGCUCUUAUUACUGCGACAUGGAUGGUGACGGGAAAGAUGAUUAUAUCUGGGUUGGACCGAACGGCGAGGUCGAUAUCUACCUUAACGUAGAUAAUCAUCCUUUGUGGGAUAACCACUUAGGUGUUGUCACAUUGGGUGUAACGAGGAAGACCAUCCACAUCGCUGAUCUCGAUGGUGAUGGCAAGUGUGAUUUCUUGUCUGUUGACAAAGCAUCGGGCGCGGUACGCAUGUGGCUCAACAACUUUAAUAGCGUAACCAAGACCUGGAAUUUUGUCGAUUAUGGCAUUGUAUCUGGCAGGGUCCGCUUUGCUGAUCUUACGGGCGAUGGCAGAGCCGACUACCUUUGUAUCGAGAACAACGGGCGCGUCACGGGUUAUCUCAAUCGGGGAAUGUCUUCUUCUGGGAUAAUCACUUUCGAGGACGUAGGUCAGAUCAAACUUGCAACGAACUAUGACCGUCAGAAUAUUCGAUUUAACGACGUCAAUGGUGAUGGAAAAGCAGACCUUCUCUGGAUUAGCAAGUACACAGGAGACACAACAGUCUGGUAUAACGGUGGAGAAAUUCCUACCUCCGGAAGCCACUUUUAA